CCAUACUUCGUGCACUCUUGAAUUAGUUCGAUACUCUUUCACCUAGUUAUCUAGGCCCCCGGGUUCCAUAACCUAACAUUGGUGCUCUCAAUGAGAGUGUUGAACAUAUCAAGCCUGCUCCAAAGAAAAUGGUGGCGUCAAGAAGAGUGACUAGGUCGUCUACCGCCAACGUCGGUGGUGGUCUCAAGAUGACCGUCACGGCGCCGAUCGGUGCGGGCCACGACGAACUGGACAUCAGCCUCAAUGACGUCGCCAGCCAGAAUACCACUGAUCUGCGUCACCGCAUUCCCAGGCGGCGGACGACGAAUGCUAGGGUCGGGGAGACCUCUGGUGCGAGGACCCCAGGUCCAGACCCUAGCGGUUUCUGGGGCAUGAUGAGGGCAAUGAUGCUCAAUCAGCCCAUGACCGGUUUCUGCAUGCCGGUCACGAUGUCGCAGCUGACGUUCCAGCCUGACAGACGCCGUGAGGUCCAGCAGAACGUGGUGGGAAGUGUGGAACUUUUCGCCCAACACCUGAAGAAUCUAAUGGCGGACUCCUGCCUGAAUCCUUCGCCCGAGGGACCUAAGAACAAGGAGUUUAGCCGAUCCCAGCAGCGGGACAAGGGCAAGGGCCCGAAGCGCAGGGCCAAUAAGAAGCAAGCUAGCCAUCGGGACAAAGAGACGGUGAUCAAGCGCCGUGAACCCCUUAAGGAAGGACAAGGUGAGAGUGAGUCGCAUGUAUCUGUGUUCAGCCGGAUGCGAGUGCCGGUCACAAAAUGGCUGUAUGGCCGACGGAAUACCUUCCUGCAGAACGAAGCGGGGAAGACCAGGAUGCCUUGCGAGGAACAGUGUGACCGAAACAGAGAGGUCCAUCCAGAAAGGCCAAAUUCCCGGGUCGAGCAACCAGUCCAACAUCCGGUUCUGAGAGCGCCGCGAAGGACGCCCGUCUCGAUGGACGUGGGCACGGGCAGAUCUAGGGACGAACGCAUCGAUCUUCUCUUGAAAAGGCUGGACGCCUUAGAAAAAAGGAGUGGGCCGGGGCAGGAGGCCAAACCCAUGUUCAGACUACGUUCUCCUUUUUCGGAAAGGAUCUUCAGGGCACAACUGCCGAGCAGCUUCCAGAUGCCCCCAAUACGAAGGUAUGACGGAACUACCUACCCACAAGAGCACUUCAACCGGUACCAAACCCUCAUGAACGUGGUGACGUUCUCCGAGGAAGUUCUUUGCAGAUCGUUUCCCGCCACUCUCGACGGGCUGGCAUCUGAAUGGUUCAAUGAAUUGCCCGAAAGGAAGAUCGAGUCGUGGGAAGACUUGGCGCGAAGAUUCCUGGUGCACUUCGCCGGCAACAGGAAGAAGAAACUGCAUUUUUCACACCUCUUGUCGGUCCGGCAGAGACCCGACGAGCCACUGAGGGAAUUUCUAGCAAGGUGGAAGCUGGAGACCACCAGAGUUUACGGAGCGGAUGACCAAACCAGGCUAUCCACUUUUCAUCUGGUCUUACGAUCGGGGGACUUCUCCAAGCGUCUGGCCUUAGAGAAGCCGAUAGAGUAUUCCAUCGCGCUGGCCAUGUCAGAGGAAGAAGCCGAGACAGAGGAGUUGGAGGCAAAUAAGAAGAAGGAAGAAGCAGGGAGGCUGGGUUCAAUCGCGAUGGCAAUGAGGCCUACACCGAGGAAGGUCACCAUUGAUGAGCGACCACAUUUGCUAGUCAAAAACCGCUUCCGGAAGGGUAGGGACCCGCACGACCGACGAUCGCACGGAAAAGAUGUAUAUGAAGAAGGGGGUGAGGACAGGAGACAUUAUCCCCCUAGAGGUCCUAAGUUGUUGUUUCUCGAUGAGCUCACGCCGCUUACUCAUCCCGUAAGCGCCAUCCUGGAUUUCGCCGAGCAUCAGGGCUUGGUGGAGUAUGACCCGCGAUUCCCUCCGAUUUGCACCGUCGGUGAGGGUCCUUACUGCAGGUUUCACAGAGCAGCUGGUCAUGACACGGACGCGUGUAAGGUCCUUAAGAGGGAGAUCGAGAACCUAAUCCAUGCGAGAUAUUUGCGACAGUUCGUCAAAAAGAAGAACACGUGGCGCAAGGACGACAGAAAGAAGAGCGGGGACAACCGAAGGAAGAAACCGGCGGGAACUCAGCAGAAGAAAAGAAAGGAGAUAGGCCUGCCGAGCGACGAGGAAGAAGAGGACGACCCUAGACAGAAGAGGAUCGAAGAGAGCCGGAUGAUCUACGGUGGUAACAUCGGAGGGGAUAGUGCUGAACAAAGGAAAAAAUGGGUACACUCGGCCUACGUCGGGGACGUUCGCAGUGCACCUGGACCGUCGAAGGUUGCAAAGACAGAGCCCCUCUUGUUUGGUCCAAAGGACCUGCCUGAGAUCCCAUCACCCCACAGAGACGCCUUGGUCGUCAAGUGCGAGAUCAACGAGGUGGUAAUCCACCGAUCCUACGUUGAUAAUGGGAGCUCGGUCAACAUCAUGUAUGUGAAGACAUUUGAGGAACUGGGGUUAAAGAAGGAACUCCUGAAGAGAGUAAAGACUCCCUUGUCUGGAUUCACAGGAGACAUCAUCGACUCAGAAGGCCUAAUCGAAUUCAUGAAACUCGCCCGACUCUGCUACCAGAAGCAAACAAAGAAUAUGGACGCCCAGGAUCUCAGAGUGGACAGUAUUGCCACGGCACUUUUGAAGGAGGAAGAAGGUCGUCCUCGAGUUGAGCCAGCCGAGGAUACAAAAUAUGUGGUGAUAAUGGAGGAGCAUCAGGAGAAGAAGAUCAAGCUCGGUACUAACAUCAGUUCCGAGUUUCGAUCAAAGAUCAUACAGGUACUCAGGGAGAACUUUGCGGUGUUUGCAUGUAGUGUCGAGGAUAUGCCGGGAGUUAGCAAAUCCCUGAUCACCCACCGCCUCGCGAUCGAAGCAGACGCGGAGCCCAUAAAGCAAAGAAGGCGACACUUGAGCAAAGACCGGAGGGAUUUCGUGAAGAAGGAGGUGGACAUGCUCCAAGCAGCGGGGCAUGCUGAGUACGUCAGGAUCAGGUUGGAUUCGCGCCUGGUCGUCAGUCAAAUCAAAGGAGAGUUCCACACCAAGGAGGAACGAAUGCGUCUAUACAAGGAAGCGGCCCCGGAAUUGCUCAAAAUUCUUAAAGGAUACGAGCUUGUACAGAUCCCGAGGGCAGAAAACAUCGAGGCCGAUGUUCUAUCCAAACUGAGCAACGACGACCCCGAACACAUCUCCAAGAUGGCCCGUGUUGAGGACCUGGGAUCUCCGAGCAUUCACGUAGCGGGGCAGAUCAUGGAAGAAGUCCACGAGGGAGUAUGCGCGGCGCUUCAAGGUCCUUUCUCCAUGGCCAGACGCAUUGUCCUGCAGGGAUACUUCUGGCCGACCAUGGUGAAGGACUGUGCCAAGCGCGCCAAGCGAUGCAAAGUGUGCCAAAUAUUCCAGAACAUCCCGGGAAGACCGGGAACCAGCUAUCAUCCCAUCAGCUCGUCGAUCCCUUUUGCUCAUUGGGGGAUAGACCUGAUAGGACUAAUGCCGAGGGCACCUAGUAACUUCCGUUGGAUCAUUGUGGCUAUCGAUUACUUCACGAAGUGGAUUGAGGCCGAGCCCUUGAUCACCACAGACAACGGAACCCAAUUUGAAGCUGGGGAUUUCAAUGAACUUUUGGGAGAUUGGAAGAUAAGGCACACCUACAGCUCUGUGGCUUACCCGCAGGGGAACGACCAAGUCGAGAAUGCCAAUCGAACAAUCAUGGACGGGAUCAAGAAGAGGCUUGAGUCCUACAAGGGAGCGUGGGUAGACCAACUCCCCAACGUGCUAUGGGCAUACCGUACCACUCCGAGGAGGGCAACUGAAGAAACGCCGUUUUCCAUGUGCUACGGCCUGGAAGCGAGAGCGCCCUCGGAGGUGUUCAUCCCAACAUGGAGAAAAGAGAACUGUGGAGCCAAGGAGAACGAGGAGACCAUGGCAGCUGAUCUCAAUUUCAUUGAAGAGCGCCGGGAGCAAGCUUUCCUAAAAGCAGAGAACUACCGAAGGCAAGUCAAAGAAUAUUACGACCGCAAGGUCAGAGCAAGGGAAUUCCGAGUAGGGGACUUGGUACUCAGGAAAAGGGAAGCCAGCCAGCCUACAGAAGGGGGAAAGUUUGCCAAAAGCUACGAAGGACCAUACAAGGUUAGAGCUGUGCUCAGGCCAGGCACCUACAAGCUCUCCACGCUUGAAGGUCGCGAACUCAGCAGGCACUGGAACACGCACAAUCUUAUUUUUUUCUACAUGUUCCUGGUCGGAACCGUCUCCAAGUUCGAGAUGGAAGCAGCAGAUCGAGUUGCAUCCUCGGACGAUGGUUUUUGUUGGACCCCUUCUCCUCUGCUGCGAUUGCGGGCCAACAGCUUGGCCUUGCGGAUAACAUCCACCGGAUUCAUAUCUCCUGCCGAAACAAAACAACAGUUAGAAGACACCAAACAGGAAAAACCUGCCGAAACAAAACAACAGUUAGAAGCCACACAAUUACUGCCUUCCUUUACUCAAGCGAGAGAUCCACAACAAGCCAUUGUGUUUGCCGUGACAAGUGGCAGCAGAAAGUUUUUCUUAGGCACUGAUAGUGCUCCACAUGAUCAACGGAAGAAAGAAUGUCCGUGUGGAUGUGCUGGUAUUUACAAUGCUCCUGUGGCAUUGUCGGUCUACACAAAGGUUUUUGAGGACGCUGGCACGCUUGACAAGCUAGAAGCAUUUACAAGCUUUAAUGGACCUGAUUUCUAUGGUCUUCCUAGGAACACAAGAAGGAUCAAAUUGUCUAAAACCCAGUGGAAGAUCAAGAGAGUUUGCAAGUACACUUCAAUGCUGCAUAAGGUGACUGAGUUGAGAGAGGACAGCGAGAGACAAAAGGGGAUGUCCGAAUGCAGAAUCCUUUGCAAUUAAUGAAUUGAUUUGUUAUAAUGACAUGGGAUGGCUGAACCAAAUCCAACAAGGCAAUCAAGUCUGAAUUUGGAG